UGCUUGACAGUGCUCCCGUUUAAAAGGCAAACCAAGUCAAUUACCAGGUAAUAAGUCGUAUGGCGGUGCCUUUAAUGUUUUUCCUCUCACUUAACGGGGAUUUACGGACAAUUCACGGAGGAAACCAACUGUCAGACUGAAUUGCCAAAAUAGGCGAGGAGCUACAGUCUCUCUUUUCUCUGGAAACAGCCAAGAAGGAGGGAGGAGUUUAAACAAAGGCCCUCUCCACAUAAAAAAAAAAAAAAAUGGAGGCUUGUGCAGAGAAGCCACGGUGUCCUGCUCUUCACAGUCUACAUGCUGCCAUUUCUACUUCUAAAGCCUUCUAAAAAGACAACUACCGCCAGAUUCUACACUUGGAAGCUUAAAAACAUUGUUAUAUGGGGUUUUGCUGCCCCUGCCUGCACUGAACAAAGAUAAUUACUCAGGAAACAUUUUGGCCAAUCAGAGGCGGCCUUGUAUCCUGCUUGUGAGGAAAGCGACCAGUCAGGACCUGGCUAACAUCACUGGGGCCUGAUCGCCUUGCCUGAAGAGCGGAGCCUUCCCCGGCUGAGGGCUGAGAGUGUCCUCCAUGUUUUAUAAGUGUUGACAUAACAGUGUGUCAGGCAGCCAUGCAUCCACAGAGUCUGGCUGAGGAGGAGGUAAAGGCAGAGUCUGAUGUGGUAGAAGGGAUGGAUGCAUCUGCACGAUCCAAGGUUCCUGAUCCACCGGGGUCAGCAGAACGACCAGUUGCACCACAGAAGAGAAAGGUGUCGAGUCCCACACAUUCCUCCAAUGGACACUCUCCCUCGGACAUCUCCCCUAGCCCUAUCAAGAAAAAGAAGAAGCCUGGGGCUGUCAACAGUAACAGCAAAGACCAGUCAGAGCUAAGACAUGGUCCCUUUUACUAUAUGAAGCAGCCAGCACUCACCACAGACCCUGUUGAUGUUGUACCGCAGGACGGCAGGAAUGACUUCUACUGCUGGCUGUGCCACCGCGAGGGCCAGGUGCUCUGCUGUGAGCUCUGCCCCAGGGUGUACCACGCCAAGUGCCUCAAACUACCAGCCGAGCCCGAGGGCGACUGGUUCUGUCCAGAGUGUGAGAAAAUAACAGUUGCUGAAUGCAUUGAAACCCAGAGCAAGGCGAUGACAAUGCUGACAAUAGACCAACUCUCCUACUUGCUCAAAUUUGCGCUCCAAAAGAUUAAACAGCCUGGGACUGAGCCUUUUCAGAAGCCGGUGUCUCUGGAACAGCACCCAGAUUAUGCUGAGUACAUUUUCCACCCUAUGGACCUGUGUACUUUAGAGAAGAAUAUCAAAAAGAAAAUGUAUGGCUGCACUGAAGCCUUUCUUGCUGAUAUGAAAUGGAUCUUACACAACUGCAUCAUCUAUAAUGGAGGUAAUCACAAAUUAACAGCUACUGCGAAAGUCAUAGUCAAGAUUUGUGAACAUGAGAUGAAUGAGAUUGAGGUGUGUCCAGAGUGCUACCUGUCUGCAUGCCAAAAAAGGGACAAUUGGUUUUGUGAGCCAUGUAGUCAGCCCCACCCCUUGGUCUGGGCUAAGCUUAAAGGCUUUCCCUUCUGGCCAGCAAAAGCACUUCGGGAAAAGGAUGGGCAGGUAGACGCACGCUUCUUUGGGCAACAUGACAGGGCCUGGGUCCCCAUCAACAACUGCUACCUCAUGUCCAAAGAGAUCCCUUUCUCUGUGAAGAAGACAAAGAGCAUUUUCAACAGUGCCAUGCAAGAGAUGGAAGUGUAUGUGGAAAACAUUCGCAAGAAAUUUGGGGUCUUCAACUAUGCACCUUUCCGCACUCCCUACACACCCAACAACCAGAUACAGAUGUUACUGGACCCCUCUAACCCCAGUGCUGGGACAGUGAAAACAGAGAAAUCGGAUAAACUUCGCUUCAACUUUGAUAUUACCGCGUCUCCUAAGAUGGUCCUCAGCAAGAGUUCCACACCCAGUGGCAUGAGUCGGAGGGUCUCAAUGACAGACAUGCCUCGGUCUCCCAUGAGCACCAACUCUUCGGUUCACACAGGGUCUGAUGGGGAGCAGGAUAUGGAAAAGGCCAGCAGGAAUCCUGCCUUCCACUACAGCACUGGAGAGGAAUCAAUGGACUGUACUGCAUCUCCUAUCUCAGGGAAGAUGGGUCCUACAGGCAGCAUGGCAGGCAGCCCAAAGCCCUUUAACCCUGGACUGGUGCCCAAGCAGGAAAGAACUGCAGGCACAGGCGGCAUCCUCAAUCUCAACCUGGAUCGAGUCAAGGCUGAGAUGGAUCUGAAGGAGCUAAGUGAGACCGUGCAACAACAGCAGCAGCAAAAUCAGCAUCAACAGGGAUCAUCAACGGCCCUCCCUACCCCAAAGAGACCCAUCAGGAGCCUGGACAAGACUAUUGAGAGCUGCAAGGCACAGCUCGGGAUAGAUGAGAUUUCUGAAGAUGUGUAUAAAGGUGUGGAUCACAGUGACUCUGAGGACUCUGAGAAAUCUGACUCAAGUGACAGCGAGUAUCUCAGCGACGAGGAACACAAGCCAAAGAGCUCCGCCCAGGAUGACAAAGACAAAGCAGAGAGAAAAAGGCCCAAAGCAAGCAUGGAGGGAGAGAAUAAAGAGGGAGUUACAGGGACAGCGGAUAAAGCCACCCCUGAACCCCUGCUCAAAGACAAAAAGGGUAGCAAUGGCCCAAAUAGGGACCUCCAGGACAAGCCCAGAACGCCCCAGUCUCAGCCCAUAACUGACAAGCCCAAAGCUCCAGAGGAGGGCAGAGCAGCUGCUGCCACCACAUUAGUGGCUGAGCAAGACUCUGAUUCUGAAAGAGAGCUGGUGAUUGACCUGGGAGAUGAACAUGGAGGCCGUGACUCAAAGAGGGCGAGAAGAGAGCCAGGAGCAUCUGCUGCCAAAACUCCCAAAGAGUCUAAUGUUGUCAAGUUGGAAGGUAAACUGCCUUCAUCUGCUGCAGCAGCCGCACCAUCACGGGAAGCAGCCUCUAACCUGAAAGACUCUUUGCAACCUGCCAUCACAGCAGCCCUCAACCUUGUUUCCACUGCAGCUUCGGGUCAGCCCAGUGCCACCACAGCUACCAGCGGAUCCAGCAGCACUCCCUCUCCUGCCUCCACCUCAGUCUCCACAACAUCCCCGGUACCUGCAGCUGUAAAGAAACAGCGCCCUCUCCUGCCUAAAGAGACAGCUCAGGCAGUGCAGCGGGCAGUGGUUUGGAAUCCAACCAAAUUCCAGACGUCCUCUCAGAAGUGGGAUAUGCAGAAGGUGCAGAGGCAGCAGCAGCAUGAAGAGCAGUCAGCAGUGCAGACACAGGCCCAGAGUCAAGGGCAGACACGCAGCCCACAGCAGCUGCAGUCCCAACAGCAGAACUCCUCCUCAAGUAACCGCUAUCAGACCAGACAAGCAGCCAAGGUGCAACAAAAAGAUCAGCCUCAGAGUACUUCCUCAUCAACAGCUGCCCAGGUCACAUCUGGUAGCUCUUCUUCUUUCAUGUCGGGAGACUUGCAGAUCCCCACAGUCUCAGCAGACGUGGCUGCAGAUAUAGCCAAGUACACAAACAAAAUCAUGGACUCAAUAAAAGGGACAAUGACUGAAAUCUACAAUGACCUUUCCAAAAGCACAUCAGGAAACACAAUUGCAGAGAUUCGACGGUUAAGGAUAGAGAUUGAGAAGCUCCAGUGGCUGCAUCAACAGGAGUUGUCAGAAAUGAAGCACAAUCUUGAACUGACAAUGGCAGAGAUGAGGCAGAGUCUGGAGCAGGAAAGAGAACGGUUGGUGGCUGACGUGAAAAAGCAGAUGGAGUCGGAGAAGCAGCAGGCAGUGGACGAGACCAAAAAGAAACAGUGGUGUGCUAACUGCAGGAAGGAGGCCAUCUUCUACUGCUGCUGGAAUACAAGUUACUGUGAUUACCCCUGCCAGCAAGCCCACUGGCCAGAACACAUGAAGUCCUGCACACAGUCAGCCACAGCUUCGCAGCAGGAGCCAGAAGCAGAGCCCAACUCAGACCCUUCAGUCAAACCAUCAGGUCACUCUCCUGCCACACAGACCCUGCCCUCAGGAGCAGGAUCCAUAUCAGACAAAAGCAACUCUCCCACAUAUAUGGACAAGAGCAAGGACAGUGCUGGCGUUACUGUGACCUAACUGCUACACUACAGAUACACUCGUACAUUUUGCAAGGCCGCUGUGGGGCUUGUCGCAUCAGACAUGUGGCGUCAUGAGACCUGCACCUCUGUGACAAAUCACUUAGAUUUUUCCAUUCCCAUAUGUACAUCUGCUUGGUGGACAUUUUGGUUCAUCUCUCAUUCACCUUUUCCACAAGUCUGUGUCCAGGUGGAUUCACCACGUGAAAGUAGUCUAUCUUGAGAAAUAAAAUGUGAGUCUGUAUGUUUUCAUAUUGUAGUUUUGUUAUAGCUAUGUUACCACUUUGUUUCAAGGCUGAGCAAGAUUGUAUCAACCCACAGAAUAUUUGCUACAUUAACACUUUCAAUGCUGCUCUUAAGUACAUUAUGGCUGUUUUAUUUUGUUGAUUGCUCUCCAUAUUAUGAGACAAAACAUUUGAAACAGCCAUCAACAGUUGAUACGCAUUUAUCAUGUGCCAUCAGAGGUAUUUUGAGUUAUGCAAGUUUCAUCUUUAAGUUUUAAACCAUGUCCAAUUCGUGUCAACUUACGUAUUUUGAAUAAUGCAGGUUAUUUUAUACAGUCUGUGGUUUGAACAUUAUGUUUUCAAAUGUGUCCUUCAUAUCAGCGGUGGGAUUUUUGGCUCAUACCAGUUUUGUAUUGUAGUUCCACAUUGUAUAGACCCACAUAAAAAAUAUCUGUGAUUUAUUAAAAAGAACUAAAAAAUUUAAACUGUACAAAGUUUUUGUAAGAAAAUACCUGAACAAUAUUUAUAGUGUUAUAUGUUUUUAUAGUAUGUUUAAUGAAAUCACAUUUCUAUGUGUCUAAACAAAGUUAUUUGAAAGUAAAUUACUUCACAUGAAUGUCAGCUCGGAGCAAAGUCUCCGGUUAACCGGUUAUCCAAAGCUGAUGUAAAUCCUGAUCAGACUGUGUCUAAGAACUGGUAGGCAUAAAUAGAAACUGCAUUUUGGCUGGAUAUUAUUUCCUGUGAGCAUGUCUGUUUUGAGCUUGUGUCUCGUUCGUGUUUACAUAUUGUACAUACAAUAAAUGGACUCGUGAAGAAAAAAAUAAAAAUGCUCUGAUCAACUUAA